AUGGAGGCAGAUCAUGUGGGGGACCCCACCGCCGAAAGUUCCCACAAGUGCAGUGAACCCGGUUGUGGAAAAACAUUUAUAGAAAGUGGUAAACUCAAGAGACACAUGCGCACCCACACUAACGUACGUCCCUUCGAGUGCGAGGAACCCGGUUGUGGCAAAACUUUUAGGCAAAGUACUGAUCUCAAGAGACACAAGUUUACCCACACCGGCGAGCGUCCCUUCAAGUGCAAAGAGCCCGGAUGUGGAAAAGCAUUUUCUCAACAGUAUAAUCUAUCAGCACACACGCGCACCCACACUGGCUAUCGUCCUCACAAGUGCAAAGAGCCCGGAUGUGGAAAAGCCUUUGUUCAACAGUACAGUCUUUCGAUACACAUGCAAUCCCAUGCGGGUCAACGGAUCUACGAGUGCAAUCACCCUGGAUGUGGGAAAAAGUUCAUCCACAAGAACAACCUUAGGAACCACAAAAAUUUGCACAUCGACGAGUUCCCUUACAAGUGCGACGAAUGCAAGCAAGAGUUUUCUUACAAAAAAGGACUUGUUAUUCACAUGCGCGUGCACACCGGCGAGCGGCCCUACAAGUGCGAAGAGCCCGGAUGUGAAAAAGCUUUUGCUGAUCAAAGUACGUUCAAAAACCACACUCGCACCCACACCGGCGAGCGUCCCUUUGAGUGCAAGGAGCCCGGGUGUGGAAAAGCUUUCAACCAACGAGGUAAUCUCUUGACGCACGCCCGCAUCCACUCAGGCUAUCGUCCCUUCAAGUGCAAGGAACCCGGAUGUGGAAAAUCAUUCACCCAACGAUGCAGCCUCUUGUUGCACACGCGCUUACACACUGGCUAUCGUCCCUACAAGUGCCAAGAACCUAAUUGUGAAAGAUCUUUCGUGCACAAGAGUGACCUCAAGAAGCACACGCGCACCCACACCGGCGAACGUCCGUACAAGUGCACCGAACCUGGAUGUGGAAAAACGUUUACUCAACGAAAUAAUUUGUCAUUGCACAUGCGCACACAUACCGAAUACAAAGCUUUUGUACAAUAA